GACCAUAGAGUUGUAUUUCUGUUUGCUGUAGAUAACACUGAUUUCACAAUGGGCUCCAUCAGUGCAGCAAAUGCUGAAUUUUGUUUUGAUGUAUUCAAAGAGCUGAAACUUCACCAUCCCAAYGACAACAUCUUUUAUUGCCCCCUGAGCAUGAUUGCAGCCUUGACCAUGGUCUAUCUGGGAGCAAGAAAUAAUACUGAGUAUCAGAUGGAGAAGGUUCUUCACUUUGACAAAAUUGCAGGACUUGGAACUACCCAGACCAAGUGUGGCAAGUCUGUGAAUAUCCACCUACUCUUUAAAGAAAUUCUCUCUGAUAUCACUGAACCAAAAGCCAAUUAUUCACUCCACAUUGCCAACAGACUCUAUGCUGAAAAGACAAGUCAAAUCCUACCGAUCUACUCAAAAUGUGUGAAGAAACUGUACAGAUCUGGUCUAGAGAUGGUCAACUUCAAAACAGCAUCAAAUCAAGCCAGACAGCGCAUUAAUUCCUGGGUGAAAAAUCAGACAAACGGACAGAUCCAGGAUUUCCUUGAACCAAGCUCUGUUAAUCCUCAGACUGUGCUGGUCCUUGUGAAUGCCAUUUACUUCAAAGGGAUAUGGGAGACUGCAUUUAAAGAAGAAGACACUCAGGAAGUGCCUUUCAAUGUSACAGAGCAAGAGAGCAGACCYGUGCAAAUGAUGUGUCAGAACAGCACCUUCAAAGUGGGAAGAGUGGCUGAAGAGAAAAUUAAGAUCCUGGAGMUUCCCUACGCCAGYGGAGASMUGAGCCUGUUGGUGCUGCUGCCUGAUGACAUCUCUGGCCUGGAGCAGCUUGAGAACAAAAUCAGCUUUGAAAAACUUACAGAGUGGACCAGUUCAGAGGUGAUGGAAAAGAAGAGAGUGAARGUGUACCUCCCACGCAUGAAGAUUGAGGAGAAAUAYAACCUCACAUCUGUCUUAACAUCCUUGGGUAUGACCGACCUGUUCAGYCSCUCGGCCAAUCUCUCUGGCAUCUCUUCGGCAGAGGGCCUGAAGUUAUCGGAUGCCAUCCACAGGGCAUUCAUGGAAGUCACUGAAGAGGGCGCUGAGGAGGCUGGGUCAGCAGAUGACACAGAAAACAUCCAGCACUCCUCUGACCUUGAAGAGUUUAGGGCUGACCACCCAUWCCUUUUCUUGGUCAAACACAAUCCAAGCAACAUGAUCCUCUUCUUUGGCAGAUAUUGYUMUCCCUAAAGAGAAAAGGGCUGGAAAUAAGGCUUGCCUACCCCUCAGAAACAGACCCCCUUUUUCUAGUAUUGUAGUAUAACCUCAUCUCUUCAAUAUUUUCUCCAAGUGGAAACGCUACGCUCAUGCCCCUUCAAGAAUUUUCCACAGCAAAGGCAGACACAUCUGCAGGUGAGGAAAUAGCAACAAGUGUGUUUGCUCCUGUCCCUUCUCAGAUUGGUUUCAGUGUUAAUUAAGCCAAGCAAAGACUGAGCCCACAGAGAGUAGAAGUGAUCAAAAUCCAGGGAGGGGUCAAAUGAUUUUCGCUUGAAGAACUAUCUGCAGGCACGACUCCAAGUCUUUGGUAUUCCAUUACAUGGAAAGCCAUGGGCUCUGCUCAUCCCAUUCCCUGGUACUGUCCUGCUGACAAACCCAUGUUUGUCUUUGAGAUCUCCAGUCUGGAGGAGAUGUUUGUGAACAAGAUUCCACUAUGCAGGGUAUUAACUGGUGCCUAUGCAAUUUUUUUUUUUUUUGUUACUUUGCUUUUGGAAAAUGGUGUACAUAUUCCCUAUCACCAGAGCUGUCCUCUCACCAUGAGCACCUCAAGUAACACUGAAUUUCUUUCAGAGGUUCUCCAAAGUCAUGGAGAGUUU